UCGCGGUGGUGCGCGCGCAGCAAGAUGUUGUAAUACCGACAACAGAGCAGGAGCGCUCCUAGCUGGUGUCAACAGUCUCUACCGCGAUGCCUUCACCUCAGCAAAUCAGAGAAGGGACAACAUUGUGGGUUUAAAAUUCAAAGUAAAGCAAAUUCAAGAUGAAGCGUGGAAUUGUGGGAAUCAAGUCAAAAGUGCAGCCAUUCCCCAGUUCUGCAAGGUGCGCUAAGAGGCGUAGGAGGGGAGUGUUGAGCCAGGCCCCAGGCCCCCCCCUCCUCCUGCAGCACCACCAGCCGUUCAGGUCGAUGGAGGGCUGGGGAAACCUGCCCCAUCACGUGGUACUGGAGAUCUUCCGGUACCUUCCUCUGAUGGACAGGGCCAGGGUGUCGUCUGUGUGUAGGCGCUGGAACGAGGUAUUCCACAUCCCGGAGUUGUGGAGGUGGUUUGAGUUUGAGCUGAACCAGCCGGCCACGUCCUACCUGCGGCCCACCCACCCAGACCUCAUCCAGCAGAUCAUCAAGAAACACACUCAGCACUUGCAGUAUGUCAGCUUCAAGGUGGACAGCUGUACACAGUCAGCUGAGGCAGCCUGUGACAUCCUCUCCCAGCUGGUGAACUGCACCAUUAAGACCCUGAGGCUGAUCUCCACUGCCAGGCCCAGCUUUAUGGACGUCUCCCAGUCGCACUUUGCGUCUGCGUUGACGGUGGUGUUCGUCAACUCCAAGUCGCUGUGCUCCAUCAAGAUGGACGACACCCCUGUGGACGACCCGUCCCUGAAGGUCCUGGCGGCCAACAACAGCGCCACCCUGAGGCUGCUGAAGAUGAGCAGCUGUCCGCACGUGUCGCCUGCAGGGGUGCUGUGUGUAGCGGACCACUGCCAUGGCCUAAGGGAGCUGGCUCUGAACUACCACCUGCUGAGCGACCAGCUCCUAUUGGCCCUCUCCUCGGAGAAGCACGUGCGCCUGGAGCAACUGCGUAUCGACGUGGCGACCGAGAGCCCCGCCCAGGCGCCGUUCCACGCCGUCAAGAGCAGCAGCUGGGAGGCGCUGGUCCGACACUCGCCCACCGUCAACAUCGUCAUGUACUUCUACCUCCACGAGGACCAGUUCCAUCCCUUCUUCCAGGACCCCACCCCCGUCACCCACCUGUACUUCGCCCGGGCGGUCAGUAAAGAGAUGCUGGGGCGCAUCGGCCUCUACUGCCCCCGCCUAGUGGAGCUGGUGGUGUGCGCUAACGGGCUGGAGCCCCUGGACGAGGAGCUGAUCCAGAUCGGGCGGCGCUGCACCGCCCUGACCGCCGUGGGCCUGGGGGAGUGCCAGGUGACCUGCAGCGGCUUCGUGGAGUUUGUGAGGAUCUGCGGGCGGAAGCUGACCCAGCUGUCCAUCAUGGAGGAGGUUCUGAUCCCGGACGGGGGAUACAACGUGGAACAGGUCCACGCGGAGGUGUCCAACCAUCUGGGACGCACGUGGUUCCCUGAUAUGAUGCCAACCUGGUAGAGGGGGGCGGCGGUGUUCUUCAGCACGUGGGACGUGUUCCGGGGGGAGACAGAGACGGGGAGAGGGACAGACAGAGAGAGAGGGAGAGAGAGAGAGAGAGACGGAGACGGAGACGGAGACGGAGACGGAGAGGGAGAGGGAGAGGGAGAAAGAAAGAAAGAGAGAGGAAUUUUA